CCCGUCCCGUGUCAUAUUGCUAGGUGUACGAUGCGUAUACUCCGCACACUUAAGUUAUUUUUUGUUUGUUUUUAGUUAUUUUUUACUGAAUGGAUGAUUAAAUUUAUUCUCCGAAAAUUUCUUAAGCUUUGUGUUUUUUGUAUGAAACUACAAAACUUAGUACUUUUAGAUGAUUUCCCUCUUACAAUAAAAGUCAUCAAAUGAAAAGAAAUUCCAAAACAUAUUUUGAUACAUUGUUAUAAUUUGAGUUCAAACACUUUUUCCAGAAUGUUACAGUUACAACAGUAACAGUACAACCAUUGAAGAAUUAGUGUUUUUAGACAUUUCAGAUUUUGCCAAAACAGUAUUUUGAUCAUUACCAACUAAGACCAUGACUUCAAUAAUCAAGUUACAUGCCAUUUCUGGGGCAUUAGAUGAAUCGCCCCCUUGCUACAUCUUACAGGUGGAUGAGUUACGUAUUUUGUUAGAUUGUGGAUGGGAUGAAAAGUUUGAUCAAGAAAUGAUAAAAGAGUUGAAGAGACAUGUUCAUACAAUUGAUGCAGUUUUGUUGUCAUAUCCAGAUCCAUUACAUCUAGGAGCUUUACCUUAUUUAGUGGGUAAAUGUGGUUUAAGCUGUCCAAUAUAUGCUACUAUACCUGUUUACAAAAUGGGUCAAAUGUUUAUGUAUGAUGUUUAUCAGUCUCGACAUAAUACAGAAGAUUUCACUUUAUUUACUUUGGAUGAUGUUGAUGCAGCAUUCGAUAAAAUUGUGCAACUAAAAUAUAAUCAAAGUAUCUCUAUGAAAGGUAAAGGGUAUGGUGUAACCUUAACGCCAUUGCCUGCUGGACAUAUGAUUGGUGGUACUAUUUGGAAAAUCGUCAAAGUUGGGGAAGAAGAUAUUAUAUAUGCAGUUGAUUUUAAUCAUAAAAAAGAAAGACAUUUAAAUGGUUGUGAGUUAGAGAGAUUGCAAAGACCAUCAUUAUUAAUUACUGACAGUUUCAAUGCUACAUAUCAGCAAGCUAGACGGCGAGCAAGAGAUGAAAAAUUAAUGACCAAUAUAUUACAAACCUUACGAGGAGGAGGAAAUGUUUUAGUUGGGGUUGAUACAGCUGGUAGAGUAUUAGAAUUAGCACAUAUGUUGGACCAAUUGUGGCGUAAUAAAGAGUCAGGUUUACUAGCGUAUUCUUUAGCAUUAUUAAAUAAUGUUAGCUACAAUGUUGUUGAAUUUGCCAAAUCACAAAUUGAGUGGAUGAGUGAUAAACUCAUGAAAAGUUUUGAGGGAGCAAGAAAUAAUCCUUUUCAAUUUAAACACCUGCAGUUAUGUCAUAGUAUGACAGAAUUGAACCAAGUCCCAAGCCCAAAGGUUGUAUUAGCUAGUACACCAGAUAUGGAAUGUGGUUUCUCACGAGAACUUUUUUUGCAAUGGUGUGGUAAUCCACAAAAUAGUAUUAUAAUAACCAGCAGAUCAUCACCAGGAACUUUGGCUAGAGACCUUAUAGAAAAUGGAGGAAAUAGAAAUUUAACAAUUGAAAUAAAGAAAAAAGUAAAAUUAGAAGGUUUAGAAUUGGAAGAAUACCAAAAAAAAGAGAAACUUAGACUAGAACAACAAAAGCAAGAAAAAAUGGAGAUUGAUGAUAUGUCUUCUGAAUCUGAAGAUGAAAUCGAUGUUGGUGGAAAGGGAAAGCAUGACUUAUUAGUUAAACAAGAACAUAAACCUGGAUUUUUCAAACAAAAUAAAAAAUUAUAUCCAAUGUUUCCUUUUGUUGAAGAAAAAAUUAAAUUUGAUGAUUAUGGAGAAAUAAUUAAACCUGAGGACUACAAAGUAGCUGAUGCUCCAGCCGAGGGUGAAGAUAAUAAAGAAAAUUUUGAAUCCAAGACAGAGGAUCAGUUUCAUCAUCCUGAAAAUGCAAGUGAUGUUCCUACCAAAUGUGUAACAACUUCACGUUCAAUUGCUGUUAAUGCUUCAGUAACGUAUAUCGAUUUCGAAGGUCGAUCUGAUGGUGAAUCACUGCAAAAAAUACUCAUACAAUUACGACCUAGGCGAGUUAUUUUGGUAAGAGGGUCUCAAAAAGAUUCAGACAAGAUGGCUCAAAAAGCUCAAUUAGCUGGUGCACGUGUAUUCAUUCCCACUAAAGGAGAAACUAUGGAUGUUACUACGGAAACUCACAUUUAUCAAGUGCGCUUAACUGAUGCUUUAGUCAGCAGCCUGAAGUUUUCUCGAGGAAAGAGUGAUACAGAACUUGCUUGGGUUGAUGCUGCAAUAACUGCACGCACCAAAGUUCGGAGAGAUGUAGUGCCUGAUACAGAAAAUGAAGACCCCGUGGACGAAUCUGAAAAUAUUCUUACUCUUGAACCAUUGCCUUUGAGCGAGAUUCCAGGCCAUGAAACAGCAUUUAUCAAUGAAUUAAAACUCUCCGAUUUUAAACAGAUAUUAAGCAAAUCUAAUAUGAAUUCUGAGUUCAGUGGUGGGGUUUUAUGGUGUUGCAAUAAUACUAUUGCAGUGAGAAGACACGAAGCUGGCAAAAUUAUUAUGGAAGGCUGUCUUUCAGAAGAGUAUUAUAAAGUGAGGGAAUUAUUAUAUGAACAAUAUGCAAUUGUGUGAAUAGUAUUAAAACAGUUUGUUGUGUCAUGUGUAUAUAUUUACAAUAAAUUUUAAACAUAAUUUUGCAUGCACCUAUUUGAUAAUUGUGAUUGAUUGUAAGAUGUGUACUUUAUAAUAAUAGAUCAUAAUAUAGUAUAAACAUUUUAGUUUUAUAUGUUGAUAUAGUUUAAAAAAAAAAGGAUUUUUUGGCCUGUGUAUGAAUUGUGCCAAAUUUUAACUUGAAGAAUUAAAAUUAGUUACACAGCUUUAAUGCAAUAAGCCAAUUAGGAGGCUAUUCGCCACAGGUUAAAAAUAUUACUUUUAUACAUACUUCCGUAAUGAAAUCAAGUGAUCUUGAUUUGUAAAAAAUAAGAAUUACAAAAUGUAAUUAUGUAUAUUCAAGAAAAUAAAUAUGAAAUUGUAUUGAGUAACUGCAAUAAACAAUUUGGAAUUUGAAAGAAA